GACAUCAUCCCACGCACCGGCACUGCAGCUGUGCUACCCGCCGUCUAGCGAAAUAGAGAAGCAUGUCAGCCUCGUUUCAACGGUCCUCCCCCCUGCUGCGACCUGUGGUUACUGCCCACGUCAGGCGACUCCAUUCGUCAGUGCCAAAGACGUCUUCUGCCCAUGGGAGCGCAAGCGUACUCAACGCCGAUGAUGGGAAGUUGGGCACGAAGCUGUACCAUGCCGUGAACAUGGUGGUUCUAGCCGGAGUGCCUGCGGCCGUGGCCACGAGCCCAUCCGCCCUUACCAUGCCUCUAGACAUCGUCCUCGGGAUCGCUAUGCCCCUGCACGCACAUAUCGGCAUGAACUACGUUAUCACCGACUACGUACCGAAGUCAGCUCGGGGAGGCGCGAGGGGUGCCAUGCUUGCGGCAUCGGUACUAGCUACCCUUGGGCUUUUGAAGCUCAACCUUACUGGUGCUGGCCUCACGGAGACACUCAAGGCCACUUGGAGGGGGCCCAAGCCGAAAGAGGAGAGCGCGAAAUAGACACACACAAACAAAAGAAGACACAACAGGGGCUCCGUUCAGCCACCAGAGGGCUCACUUGAAAGCUGUCAAUGCCGGAGGCCUGUCAUCUCAUGGAGUUUCCGUGCGCGAUAGCCUUUGCUGCAGGUCGGCAAUACCAAACCGGAGGCUGUUGUGCAAAGCUGUGGGAGAUUGUAUAGGCCACACAACAGCACUGUAAAUAUAGGCGUCGGUAUGCAUAGCUUCUGGUAGCUCGACCAACCCGAGCCUUUCGUGUUGUUUGACAAGGCAGGUUGUCCGCUGUAAGCCAUCUCCAUUCCUACUUCUGCCGAUGCAGAAGGGAGGUACGUUUUUUGUUCGUGCUCCCUGUCGCUUUCAGUAUUGCCGAUUUGCGUUUGUAGGCGUAACUAGCUGCUGAUUGUCGGACUGGGUGUCUCAAUCAAGUCUUUUGUGUGUGCCCUCGUUCAGCUCAGGGCGCCAUCGGCGCAGAGAGCCCCUUGCUGUGGGUACACUCGCACUGUGUAAGAGAUACAAUAACUCGUUUCCUAAGCUUCGGUGUCGCGCGUGCAACGCGGCGAACCCGUUUCGUCAAAAGGGGGUCAGGUGGGCUCAGUUUCUAGUCCGGAAGGAGAUCAUGGGCUGAGAAGAGAAGUUGACUCAAGCCGCGCCUUAUUACCGUCAAGAGAGAAUAA